CGAAACCACCCCAAAUGGCGGGUUCUUCCUCCUUCCCACUCCAAAACCCCCAAAUCCUAGCCUCACCUCCAAUUCCCAAUCCGGCGAUCCCCUUCCACCCUAAGCCUCAAAUCUUCGCUGAUGCGGGCGCCGGCGCCGAAGUAGCCGAAGCCAGCGCUGCCUCAACCCUAAUCCCCGAUCCCGCGAUCCCCCUCCACCCCGAGCCCCAAAUCCUCGCUGAUGCGGCCGCCGGCGCCGAAGCAGGCGAAGCCGGCGCUGCCGGUGCCGAAGCAGCUCAAGGUGCAACACCCGGAGAACGAGGCGCUAUCUCGAUUCUUCCUGGAGAAGUGGCGGGCUAUGAUGCAGGAACCGGACGGGCUCUCGGAGAACAACUACCUCACGAUCGUCAAGGCCAACCGGAGCCUCUGUGCCGCUAAGGAGCCCAUCAAGACGCUGAGGGACUUCUCGAAGAUCAAGGGUGUCGGGCAGUGGCUCUUAAGGCAUAUGGAAGGGUUCUUUGCAGACUCAAGUCAGGACUUAUCUUCCGUAAAAGGAAAGAAAACAAGAGGACCAAAGUGCUAUUUGCCAAGGAAGAACACUGCUGCUUACGCAAUACUGAUCACACUCCACAGGGCAAAGAUUAGAGGUAAAGAAUUUAUGAUGAAACAAGAGCUUAUUGAUGCUGCCGAAGCCAGCGGUCUGUCACGAGAAGCGAUCGGUCCGAAUAAAAGUAAAGCAAAACAGAGUUUUGGGAAGGACUGGUAUACUGGCUGGAGCUGCGUGAAGACAUUGAUGUCUAAAGGACUUGUCAUCAAGAGGCGUAGUCCAGCUGAGUAUUUGUUAACUGGCGAAGGGGAAAGCACUGCUCGUGAUUGCCUUUCACGAUCGGGAUUAGAUGAUUCUGCAGGGCCUUUAACGAUGACCAAUGCUCACAAUGCAUCUGCUGCAAGUCAAGUUCAAACUAUUAAUUACUGUGACGAAGGAAUCAUUUGCUGUGAUUCAGAUUCAGAAGAACCUUGUAGAAAAAACAUUCUUCUCAAAGGCAAGGGACCAACUACAGAUUAUGGACAGCCAGAUUACCCAGUUUCUGUUUCUCCUCUAUCAUCCCAAGGAAUAUUUGAGCUGCAAUUUUCUAGUACAAUGCAGGGUCCUGCUAAAUUCAAUAUGCUGGACAAUGAUAUUGCAUUCACAGACAAGCCUAUGCUAGCUAUGCCACCGCGUCAAUCCAAUGAAAAAUUUCUUGAUGGUUAUGAAGUUGUGUUCAUACUGGAUGAUCGUGAAAAAUUCGGGUCUCGUUCAAGAAAAGUUGCUGAUAACAUUUGUUCACAGAUCCAUGUGCCUGUAGAGAUUAGAAAGUUACCUGUGGGUGAUGGUAUUUGGAUUGCUCGUCAUAGGAAAGAUCACACAGAGUAUGUUCUUGAUUUCAUUGUUGAAAGGAAAGAGGUUUUGGAUUUAGAUGGCUCAAUUGCAGACAGCAGAUACAGAGAUCAGAAAUUAAGGCUCAAGAGAUGUGGGCUAAGGAAGUUGAUAUAUCUUGUUGAAGGUGAUCCAAACCAUCCAGAUGCACCAGAGAGGAUUAAAACAGCCUGUUUCACCACUGAGAUUCUCGAUGGGUUUGAUGUUCAGAGAACCAGUGGGUUUGCUGAUACUCAGAGGAGAUAUGGCCAUCUUACACGUUCAAUAAUCAAAUACUAUGAUAUAAACUUCUCAACUUAUGCUAAAACUCCUCAUGUUUGCCCAACCUAUGAUGAGUUUAAGAGGAAGUGCUGUGAUCUUGAGAAAACAACAGUGAGCGAAAUAUUUGCCCUUCAACUUAUGCAGGUGCCGCAAGUAACAGAAGAAGCUGCACUAGCUGUUAUAGAGCUAUAUCCAACUCCUUUGUUUCUGGCACAGGCAUACUCCGCACUUGUAGGAUGGUGAUACCCAUGCACAAGAGGAGAUGUUGAAAAACAAGAGCAAGAUGGUAAAUGCAGGAGCAAGCCGAAAUAUCUUCGAGCUUUUCUGUGGCGAUGGACGGAAUGUUCGGAACUAGUUUCAGACUGGCAUAACUGGCUUUUGUAUCGCCGUCGUAGUGAUCUGGUUUCCAGCUUUUGUGUAUAGCUCACGAGCACCCUUAGGGCCUUAGUUAUUCAAUUGCAAGGCUUUCAUGUUCUGAAGCAAAUGGUGCCAUCGAACACCGGGAGUUUCAGAGGAUGUAAUGUAGUCACUACUAAGAAAGGUAUUAGCAUAGUUUUACGUCCUGUUUAGAGUACUCUUAUGUGGUCACUGGAUCGUACGAUAUGGGAUUGCUCAUGGAAUAAGGUGGCAUAUAAAUAUCUGUUACUCA